AUGAAUGAGCUUGAGAUAACUGAUCUAGGAAAUAUGACAUAUUUUCUAGGAAUGGAGAUUAUAUACUCUGAUAUGGGUCUCAUUUUGCAUCAGUUAAAGUAUGAACUUAAGUUUCUGAAGAGAUUUGAGCUGGUGAAUUGCAAGUAUGCAGUUACACCUUCUGAGACAAAUCAUAAGUUGGAAUGCGAUUCUAAAGAUGAUGAUGUAGAUAUUAUAAUUUUCAAGCAGUUGGUUGGUUGUCUAAGAUAUUUGUGCAAUACCAAACAUGAUAUUUUUUAUGCAUUUGGUAUGAUGAGUAAGUUUAUAAAUAAAUCAAAGUGGUCACAUUACCAAGCUGCUAUCAGGAUUCUGAGGUACAUUAAGGGGACUCUGAAGUAUAGAGUUUUGUUUCCUUCUGGUGUUGAAUAUAAGUCAGAGAUGAUAUGUUAUUCAGACUCUGAUUGGUGUGGAGACAGGGUUGACAAAAGAAGUAUUUUUGUAUAUUACUUUAAGUAUCUGGGAGGUCCUAUUUCUUGGUGCUCCAAAAAGCAACCAGUAGUUGCAUUGACAACUUGUGAAGCUGAGUACAUUGCAGGUGUUUUGUCUGUUCGUCAAGUUGUAUGGAUUAUGAACUUGUUACAGGAUCUGAAGAUCAAGUUGCAUUUAAGUUUAAUUUAG